AUUUCAUCUCACUUGCCUUUGAAAUAUAGCUUUGAAAUAUAACUAAUAAUAUAGCUUAUGAAUGAAAUUAAAAUCAGGAAGAAGAAGAAGAAAUAAAAUUAAGGGAUGAGUGGAAAGGAAUUUCGAUUCUUCUUGUCCUGCGACAUCAAUCUCCCCGUCACUUUUCGUGUCGAGAGACUCCUCGGACCUUUGCCUUCUUCUCCUACGAAGUCACCCAAUUCAGAAGAGAUAAAUGCAGAGCUGUACGUUGAGUGUGCCUUGUACAUUGAUGGCGCUCCAUUCGGCCUUCCCAUCAGAACUAGAUUGGAAUCUGGUGGAGCAUCAUAUUGCUGGAAUGAGCUGAUCACCAUGAGCACUAAAUAUCGCGACUUAACUGCCCACUCACAGCUCGCUUUCACGGUUUGGGAUGUUUCGUGUGGGAAAGAUGAGGGAUUGAUUGGAGGAGCAACCAUUCUUCUUUUUAACAACAAGAUGCAACUCAAAACAGGGAAGCAAAAGCUUAGGCUUUGGCCAGGGAAGGAAGCUGAUGGAUCAUUUCCGACAACUACUCCUGGAAAGGUCCCCAAGCAUGAGCGUGGGGAGGUGGAGCGUUUAGAGAAGCUUGUUAAUAAAUAUGAGAGAGGACAAAUUCAAUGUGUUGAUUGGCUCGACCGUCUCACUUUCAAAGCUAUGGAGAAAAUCAAGGAACUUGAAAACUGUAAAAAUGGAAAUUCUUCCUUAUACUUGGUUGUUGAUUUUUGCAGUCUUGAACAUCGAGUUGUUUUUCAGGAGUCAGGAGCAAAUUUCUUAUUACCAUCUCCUAUAGCGUCAACGAAUGAGCUUGUUACUGUGUGGGAUCCAGAAAUUGGAAAGAUAAAUCCCUCUGAGCACAAGCAACUAAAGCUGGCAAGAAGUCUGACACGAGGUAUAAUUGACAGGGAUCUGAAGCCAAGCUCUAAUGAACGGAAGUCAAUUCAAAGGAUUCUGAAGUACCCGCCAACAAGGAUUUUGAAUGGAGAUGAAAGACAGCUUCUGUGGAAAUUCCGUUUCUCAUUGAUGUCAGAGAAGAGGGCUCUUACAAAGUUCCUACGAUGUGUUGAAUGGAGUGAUGUUCAGGAAGCAAAGCAGGCAUUAGAAUUGAUGAAUAGGUGGGAAAUGAUUGAUGUAUGUGAUGCAUUGGAGCUUCUAUCUCCUGUAUUUGAGAGGGAAGAGGUUCGUGCAUAUGCUGUCAGUGUUCUUGAAAGAGCUGAUGAUGAAGAACUUCAGUGUUACUUACUUCAACUGGUUCAGGCUCUUAGAUUUGAGCGCUCUGAUAAAUCUCGCCUUUCUCAAUUCCUCGUAAAACGCUCAUUAAACAACAUCGAGUUGGGUAGCUUUCUUCGUUGGUAUGUUGCUGUGGAACUUUAUGAUCCUGCAUAUGCAAAACGGUUUUAUUCUACGUAUGAGAUACUGGAGGAGAAUAUGGUGAAGUUGGCAGCUGGUCCAAGUGGAGAAGAAGAUGGAUUUAAGUUGUGGCAGAGUUUGGUGCGCCAGACAGAAUUGACAGCCCAGUUAUGUUCUAUAACAAAAGAUUUAAGAAAUGUGAGGGGCAAUACUCAGAAGAAAACUGAAAAGCUUAGACAACUUCUCUCAGGUCUUCUUAGUGAACUUACCUAUUUUGAAGAGCCAAUAAGAUCACCGCUUGCUCCAGGUGUCCUUAUCACUGGGAUAGUGCCAUCAGAGUCUACGAUAUUCAAAAGUGCACUGCAUCCUUUGCGCCUGACUUUUCGAACACACAAUGGUGGAACUUGCAAGGUCAUAUUUAAGAAGGGGGAUGAUCUUCGGCAAGACCAAUUGGUUGUCCAAAUGGUAUCUCUAAUGGACCGAUUGCUUAAGUUGGAAAAUCUUGAUCUGCACUUAACUCCAUAUAAGGUGCUUGCUACUGGACAGGAUGAAGGCAUGCUAGAAUUCAUACCAUCACGUUCAUUGGCUCAGAUUCUCCAAGAGCAUCGUAGCAUUAUCAACUAUUUGCAGAAGUUUCAUCCUGAUGAACAUGGACCAUUUGGGAUCACAGCCUCCUGUCUUGAGACAUUCAUUAAAAGUUGUGCUGGCUACUCUGUAAUCACAUAUAUAUUGGGUGUUGGAGACAGGCACCUAGACAACCUUCUCCUCACGGAAGAUGGGCGUCUUUUCCAUGUUGAUUUUGGUUUUAUUCUUGGCCGAGAUCCAAAGCAUUUUCCACCACCAAUGAAACUCUGCAAAGAAAUGGUUGAGGCCAUGGGGGGUGCAGAAAGCCCAUACUAUACCAGGUUUAAAUCCUACUGCUGUGAAGCAUACAACAUCAUUAGGAAGUCCAGUAACCUAAUUUUGAAUCUUUUCCAUCUGAUGGCGGGUUCCAACAUUCCUGACAUAGCUUCUGAUCCUGAAAAAGGCAUUCUCAAGCUUCAGGAGAAGUUUCGGUUGGACAUGGAUGAUGAGGCCUGCAUACACUUUUUCCAGGAUCUUAUAAAUGAGAGUGUUAGUGCAUUGUUCCCUCAAAUGGUUGAGACCAUUCAUCGGUGGGCUCAGUACUGGCGUUAAUUAUGUAGAAAUCGGUUGGUGGUUGUUUCGUGCCUCUGUAAAUAGCCAGGUAGAUGUCUGGGUUGUGCCUUACCUUUCGUUUUUGUUUACCCGUUUCAUUUUGCGGGUUUAGAUUGUUUUUUAAUAAUCUAAGUUUCUAGGAAAAUUUGAGUUAGGUUGCAGUUUGAAUCAUGAACUGGCCUCCAACUCUCUCUCUCUCUCUCCCCCCUCGCUAUCUCCCCCUCCCUCACUGCAAUUUGCAUUGUAUAAAAUUAUUUGCAAAACACUAAAAUAGCUAAUACUGUUUCAUCAA